UCGUCCCGCCUCCCCGCCCGGAGUGGCAGGCGCCGGGGCCAAUGAAACGGCGCGCGGCGGCCGCCGGCCCGCCCGGUUGCCGUCCGGUGGGCGCCGCGCCGGUUCUGGAAGGAUCCCGGGAGCAGGGCCCUGCCGGGCGCCGGCGAGAUGUCGGGGCUGCUCCACACCACGCUGAGCGGGCUCAACAGCGACUCCUACUGCGAGAUCAGCCAGUACCGCGACCAGCACUUCCGGGGUAGCAGGCAGCUGCAGGAGAAAUCCCUGAAGAUUUCCUCCACGCUGUACGUGGGCAACCUGUCCUUCUACACCACCGAGGAGCAGAUCCAGGAGCUUUUCUCCAAGUGCGGGGACGUCAAGAGGAUUGUCAUGGGGCUCGACAAGAUCAAGAAAACUCCCUGCGGCUUCUGCUUUGUCGAAUACUACACAAGAGCAGAUGCUGAACAUGCAAUGCGAUUUAUCAAUGGCACCCGACUAGAUGACCGCAUCAUUCGAACUGACUGGGAUGCAGGAUUUAAGGAAGGGCGACAGUAUGGGAGAGGAAAGACUGGAGGACAGGUGCGAGAUGAGUACCGAACAGACUACGACGUGGGAAGAGGCGGUUUUGGCAAGAUCAUUCAGAUGCAGAAGGCAAAUCAUCAGCCUGCAAUCUAUUAAUUGCCUCGUGGGUCCUAGCUCCUAGAGGGCUCUGUCCUUCCAGAGCUAGCCCUGUUCUUGCAUUUUGGAUUGGGGUAGGGAGUGAGAUACAAGUUCCAGCAAAAGGUGACUCUCCUUAGACUGUGGAUAUACAUGUGUUCAUUCCCCCUUCCUUCUGGGCUAGAGAGGAUGUUCUGUGCUGAUACAGGGCAAAAAAGGGAAAAAAACGGACAGCUCUGCAGGAUUCUGGGUAAGAAGAAACACAGUGUGUCAUGCUGACCAUACGAUGUACUCUUCACGUGGCAGCUAAGCGGGCGGCUUCCUCCAGGCUGUUGCCGCAGGUGUGGUCGCUCUCAAAUGGAACUUCUGGGACGUUUACCCACAUCAAAGCCCUCCAGGUGUCUGGACACCUUGUAGAGAUGCACCAGAGUUUCAGCUCUCCAAUUUACAGUCUCCAUCUGCUUAAAAAACAGUAUUGCUGUUUAGAUGAGAGAAGUGUAUAAAGGUCUUACUGUCCACUUGGAGGUGCUUAUCUGCACAUCUAGCCCUUGGCUUGGUCAGACCUGCAGAGCCCUUCUCUUUGUGAUGACCCCAGUGCUGCCUGGCUUUUCAGAUCAUCACUGUUUGCUGUGAUUUUGUUAAAUUUUAUUUCAAUUUUUUAAAUAAACAGUGAGUUCUCUA